AUAGAUAAUAAUAUGUCAGACAAUGAUCAACUGCUGAAAUGGCUGCAGAUGGGAGGUCUGGAAGACUUCCAUCCAAACUUUGUUAGGAGGAGAGUCACCUGUGAUUCAUUCCUACUCUUUACAAUGCAAGACUAUGGACUUGUUGGAAUAUCAUCACUUGAGGACAGAAAGAAGUUGUUUCACUUGCUACAACAACUAAAGAAGAAUGGAGGUGCAUCUCUCUCAAUGCCAAGUCCUUCAUCAUCAACUACAAAUAAUAAUAUAACAGCAACAACUGAUCAGGUCAAGAGCACACCUCAGUCAACAACGAACAACAACAAUGUUAGAAAGAUGAUGUCUCAGUCGGUCGAUGUGUCUGAGCUUAGGUCGGUCGGACCAGCUAGUGCAGUCAAGAUGAAUGCCUCUAUCGAUCCAGUGGCACAGGCAAAGGAGUUAUUGCUCCUUAGAGAGAAGUCCAAUGUUGUUGGCGGCAACACAGCCUCAUCAUCAACAUUUGAGUACAACCUGAAGGACUUUGACGUGUCAAAGAAGAAGCACAGCAUCGAUGACUUCUUGAAUGAGAAUGAUAUGUUCACGCCAUCAACUCCACCACGCAAGCAACAGCAGCAACAACAACACCAGCUCCAAGAAGAGGAGGACGAGGUGGAGGAGGAUGUCGAAGAGAGUCCUGAGGAUGGAGGCUUUGAGU